CUCACACUACCACGCUCACUCAACCCGUGUUGCAACACAUCCUCAUGCAAUGCACCCUCUCAUUACCUACCCUCACACUACACAUUCUCACAUCACACACCUCUCACACCAAACACCCUCCCAUCACACACACACAUUACUCGCCUUUACACUAAAUACCCUCAUUCCACACACACUCUCUCACCACACACCUGUCAUACCAAACAUCCUCUCACCACACACCCUGAUAUCACACAACAUCUCUCCACACACUCUCACACGACCCAUUCUCAAAACACACACACUCACACCACACAUCCCACACCCACACCAAACACUCACCCUCACGCCACACACCUCCCAUCCCACACCACAUACCCUAAAACACACUUCCUACCUACAUCUUAUCCUCACAAAUACGUAUUAUGUAAAUGAACCAGCGGUGUUGCGCAGUUAUGUUCUUCCUUAUCUGAGUUUACACCCACCAACCCACAGCCUCCCAGUGUUUGCUUACUCAGGCUUUCAGUUUACCCUUGUACCAGACCAGUAUCAGUCCUUCUUGCUGCCACAACUUGAUCACUACCUGCUGCCACAACUUGAUCACUACCUGUUGCCACAACUUGAUCACUACCUGCUGCCACAACUUGAUCACUACCUCCUGUCACAACUUAAUCACUACCUGCUGCCACAACUUGAUCACUACCUGCUGUCACAACUUGAUCACUACCUGCUGUCACAACUUGAUCACUACCUGCUGUCACAACUUGAUCACUACCUGCUGUCACAACUUGAUCACUACCUGCUGUCACAACUUGAUCACUACCUGCUGUCACAACUUGAUCACUACCUGCUGUCACAACUUGAUCACUACCUGCUGCCACAACUUGAUCACUACCUGCUGUCACAACUUGAUCACUACCUGCUGUCACUACUUGAUCACUACCUGCUGUCACAACUUGAUCACUACCUGCUGUCAUAACUUGAUCACUACCUGCUGUCACAACGUGAUCACUACCUGCUGUCACAGCUUGAUCACUACCUCCUGUUACAGCUUGAUCACUACCUGCUGUCACAGCUUGAUCACUACCUCCUGUUACAGCUUGAUCACUGCCUCCUGUUACAGCGUCCUCACAGCUAUUUACUACACGACAGUGGUUGGAAUCAGAAGUAAAGAUGAGUGAGGUCCAGGAGCUGGAGUAUGUGAUGCUGACGUUGGAAGACCAUGACGAUGUUGUUCACUUUCUGGUCAACUAUUUUUAUCCUCGAAAUAACGUGAUGGGAGAGAGAGGCAGUACAAAGGAUUCAGGUGACUGGGGCUCUCUGAUGGAGUGUUGCGGCGGGCCUGCUUCUUUGGAGGUCAUCGGGUGUGAUUAUCAGCCCUGCGCCCGCUCUCCGGCUACAUCGGGGGCAUCUGUGUGAAAAAGGAUAAUAACCUAAUUUUUCAAAGGGUGAAAACAAAAAAGUCUCUCUUAGCAAAUAUAUUUAUUAGUUAACA